AUUACUGGAAAAACAUCCGUGCCUCCGGCGUCGAAGAACUGACGUGCAUGGGUUUCUGCGAUGGCGAUGUCUCACCGUCCGUCACUGGCCUCGCCCAAAUUCAGGCGUGUGUAGGUCCGAACACCCUGAAAGCCUUUGACGCAUCUUCGCGGACGUUUUUUUCCCCAAAGCUUCUUCCUUUCACCAUUCAGACCAUCCGUCUUUCCCGAUGUUUGGAAAAACUUCGACUGAGUUCUGUCAAGCUCAGUUCUGCACAAUGGGACACACUCCUAUGCCACUUUGCGAUCCCAACGCUUAUAGAACUCCGAGUCGAUGGGGAGUGUGCGCCACCCACGCUGAUUCGUUUUCUGGCCCGUCACCCAGCUAUCAGUACCCUCAGCGUCAUUCCGCCACCUGGUGGUCCCUGGAGGGCCAAUCGAAUCAUCACUCCUUUGACUCUUUCUUUGUCUAUUCUGGAUGGACCCCUGUCGCAUCUCCUUCCAGUGCUUCGGAGUCAUAGUAAACCACAAAACCUCGCCUGUCUUUAUAUUUCCCUACAAGCCCAUAAUCCAUCGCCCGACUACAUCACCUCCGUUUUGCAAUGUGUUAGCUAUUGCGACAGCAUCGGACAUCUUGUCCUUUCCCUGCCUAAUGGUCAUUCUAGUGCAGCAAUGAUGUGUUUAUCGGGCGCCCAUUCCAUGGUCCGCAUCAAACACUUGGUAAUUGAUUACUCAGAUGGUUCGGUCCCCGGUGCUGCGGGUGAUCCAUUGGCGCUAUCCGCGGCAUGGAUUCAGGCUCUUCCUCAAGUCAAGCGUGUUACUUUGCGAGGUUACUCGGCUACUGCUGCCGGGGAUCUUCUCCACAUUAUGCGUAGCUUUGCAGCGGGCGAUGUUGAACUGGCUGUGGAUCUGCAUGUCUCACCAGAUCGAUCCGGCGCCCUGUCUCAUAGAAUUAGUCAGAUCAACGACAUGCCUAGCCGCAUGUUUUUUUGCAAGUGCGCGCGGUGUUGCGAAGUUGGAGGGGACGGCAUACCUGGUAAUCCUGGUGGCAAAGAAGUGCCUAUCGCUCAGAAAACCAUACAUUUAUUGCAAGAUGCCGACUUGCCUUCGUCGUCUGAACGUGAAGCAUCCGUGCUUCAUCUCGCUCGCCAGCAGCUGGAGCCUAAUACUUCACAGGUCGACGAUCUCGCCGCCGAGUUAUUUGCCAUCACGUUAACAGACAACGACGCCAAUCCAGACAGUCACAGCAAACUCUGGAAUUCGCGAUCAGAAGUUCAACAAGACAAGGGAAAGGUCUACCAUUCUCUGGACGGCACAGCUAGAUUCACGGAAGAUGACGCGCAACACAUUGCCCUUGUUCUUCAAGCUGCCGAGAAGCGGCGCCAGUCAAAGGCUCAAGCAGCCUUGGACAUUGUGGAGUCACGGAUAGACAGGGCUCGCGGUCGAAUUUUCUCUGCGACUUCCAGCAAUAUUAUUCAAACCAUCCGAGAUGAACUGGCUGUGAUCAAGACGGCCCUCAGAAAAGUCAAGCACAAGGUCUCGUGUAUCGUUUCUCGCAGAAGUCAGCUAGAGGCGUCGUGCGAUGACAUGCACAGACUCCUCUGCGACAAGGAAGAUGCACUUACUGUGUCAUCCGAGCCGCUCGAAUUCGAUUCGUACACGGGGAAUUCCUCAUGGGAGUCCUUGCCCUCAUUUUGA